GCACUGUCGCGGACAUGAAUGGCACAUAUUUGGAGUUGAUGAGAGUGAUUUGACAAGCAGCGGAAGCCUCGCGUAAAGCUUUCCGUGCGCUCCCCUCGUCGAUUUUCACGGCGGCUGCCAGCUGGUAUCAAAAAUUCAGGGCGCAGGCAAAGUUCGCCUCCAGCAGAGAGUGUGUGGCUGCGUGUGUGUGCGUCUCUCUCAGCGCGUGUGUGUACAUUCAUGUGUGCUCGGUCUGUCUGUCUAAUAGACUGACCCCCCAGCACGCCGUUUAAAGGGAAGACAAGAGAGCUGAGUCAACGAAUCACAAGGAGAAGGAUGCAACAGUUGAUGUGCGCCAGUUGCACAGUUUUCUUGUAUUUGGAGACGGCCUGCACACACGGAGGAUGGUGGCCGUGAUUUGAUCAGAUGUUUUUGCUGCUUUGCUUUCAAACUCAUCUGUCAGAUAAAGCUAAAAGUUAAAGAGCAGAUCCUACAGAGCGGUCACAGCCUGUCCUCUUAUUGCCAGACUGGACAUUUGGACUGAAAUGCAUUUGGAGGGACUUCAUGCUCUGCUGGAAUGGAGUUGAAGCGGGGGAUUUCGGAUGGUCUGCGGCGGUGAUUAGCAGCGCAGUCUGCACCAAUAUGCAUCGGAUUCUGCAGAGGAGACGAGUACGCAGGCUGCGGGUCGUCUGGGCUUCUCUGGCCCUGGUGGCUCUGUCUCUGGCCGCAUGCAGCGCGCUGUUUACGGCGUGGACUUUGCGACAGACGCGGGACCUGUCUCAGUCCUUCAAGAUCCUGCAGGACCGACUCGAGCAGGUCAACAAACAGAGGAAGGCCAUUGUUCAGCUGAUCCUGGAGAAGAGAGAGCUGCUGGUGGGGCAUCGAGUGAAGAGAGAUGAGAGGACGUCGAAAGCAGGGAGGAGUGGAAAUGGAAGGAAAGCGGCGUCUCAUUUUGAGAUAACCAAAGUCUCCUCUCAGCAAGUGGGAGAAGGUGGGGUGAUCAAGGGCUGGGAAGAGAGGACGCUGAAUAUGAGUAAAGCGGUGAGGUACAACAAGGAGCAGGGCACCUUCACCGUGGAGAAAGCAGGCGUCUACUUCCUGUUUUGCCAGGUGUUGUUCAACGAGCAGCAGUCUCAGUACGUGAAGCUGGACGUGGUGACCCUUGGCUUGAGGGCUCAGAAGCUGCAAUGCAUGGAAGGCUACGGGACAACCCCCUCUGCCGGGCCGCACCCUUUCCACUUCCUGAAGCCCUGCCAGGUGUCCGGCCUCCUGCGACUGGACAAAGGCACGGAGCUGCAGGCCAUUACGGGCCCGUCCUUCAGACUCCACAGCGUAGGCAAUCCCUCCGCCUCGCCUCACGUCUUUAGCAUCUUUAAAGUUAACUGAAGCGCACUGUGGAAACUUUUUGUUUGUUUUUGUUUGUUUGUUUUAACGAGUAAACAGACUCAUCAGAGAACUAACUUGUUUUUGUGCGGACAAGAUUGUUUUAUAAAUGGUGAAGCUGUCAUAAGCGGUCGAGGCAUCGCUUAAUGCUACGGCUUCUUCCCAAAGACGUUAAUUUGAAAGACAAACCCUGACAUUUGGGGAAGCUGUUGUGGAUUUUUUUUCCCUCUGGACUGCAGAGCUGUUUUGGAACGCAGAUUUUUGGAAUAAAACCAAGGCCCGCAGUGAAUGUCUGCCGAGGGAACAGAUGUGAUGGGAGCUGUUCUGUAGAUAAAGGGCUUCAUAUAAAAAAGAAGAAGCAGAAGAAAACUCCUUGGAUGUUCAUCUUAGCCUGUGUAUUACGCUAUAAAUUGUGCUUAAACUCUUUAUAAGACUAUGAGUAAAGCUGUGCAUGCACCUUCCACUUCCACAGCUGAGAGCACAUCUGCAAGCGGCCUACACGAGUUGUCAUAUAUUUUAUACAAUGUAGCGUCAGUGUGUAUGAAAUCUUACAAAUCAAUUUUGUUUCUGUUUAUACUGAUUUUAUAAUAUCAAUGCAAGCAUUUUCUUUAAAUACUUUGGAUAUAUUUUACACACAUUUUACAUUUUAUCAAGGAGAUGGUUUGGGCGGUGUUUUAAAUGCCAUGGAUGUGAAUUUGUUAUCUUUUUGUAAGGUUAAAAUGAUUGUUUGUAUACUUUGUUGUGCAAGUUAUACCGAGCGAAGCAUAGAGCUUUAAAUAUAGCUUGUCCUUACUCCCUCUUCUUCACCUGAUUGAUGACCAUUUUUCAAGAAAUAACCUGAUAAAACUGUUAAUUAUUCAGCCAAAAUACAGAUAAAGCUGUAUUAUAAAUGAAGUUAA